AGUUUUUUAAGCAUUUACGAACUUGUAUCGUUCUACAAAAAGGAUAGAGAAAAUUUAAUAACAAGGCUACGUAGGCCGUUGAAAGAAUCUAAGUUGCCAAUAACACCUGGAUACCAUUACCCGCAACAUUUAGAAGUUUCGAAAAAAUCAAUCCGAUUAUUUGGAGAAAUAAUUUCUAGAAGUAAGUUUUGCGUUACUUGUAAAGGAAAUUACGGUCACCAGAUGGUGUUGGUAAAAGCACUUCAACAUUAUCUGGUAAUUGAAAAUGAAGAUGAUUUUCUUGAAGAAGCACGGACGAUGAUGAAAUUGGAUCAUCAAAAUAUUGCGAAACUAUUAGGAGUGUGUUUUAGAACAAGGCCAUAUUACAUAAUUUUAGAAAAUUUCAACUGUGGAACAUUAAAAAAUGCUUUAUCUAACGGCAUCAUUCAGCCUGGUUGGCCAGAAAUGCUUAUCGAUAUAAGCCUUCAAAUAUUAUCCGCGAUGGUUUAUUUAGAGAAACUACAUUAUUUACUACACCGAAAUCUAAAAUCAUCGAACUUCUUAAUAAGUUCCGAAUACUCAAUAAAGUUAUUCGAUUUUGAGAGGGCAAGGCUGGUCGACGACGACUGUUACAGGGCCUCUCCUCAGGAUGAAGUUUCCAUUCGCUGGUCUGCUCCUGAAGUUUUCCUUCAUUCGCUUUACAGUACCAAGUCAGAUGUUUGGUCAGUGGGUGUAGUACUAUGGGAGUUGUUCAGUUUUGGUCAAGUUCCUUACAGUCAGUUGACGGAAAGCGAAGUUGUCGUUUUUAUUUCCGAAAAAGGAAAAUUAGAGAAGCCAGCAGAAUGUGACAUUCAAAUGUUCAGCAUUAUGAAUCAGUGCUGGAGGUACAAGCCCGAUAUGAGACCUACUUUUCAGUCGUUAGAAGAGAAGUUGAAGAUGCAAUAU